AUGAGUAGCUUGGACAUCUACAACUCACUCACAAGAUCAACCACGCUUACAAGAACUUACAGCAUCUCUUUGGACUCUAAUGCAUUCAAACCAGUCUACAGGGAAUGUUUAGAUGAUGCUGAAGAUUUGGCCAAGCUUGGUUAUACGCAAGCCUUUGAUCGUGGGCUAUCACUCUUCAGCGUAUUUAGUGUUUCUUUUUCUGUACUCGGAUUGCUUCCGUCUGUGGCAGCGACAAUGUGCUUUACAAUGCUUGCAGGCACCCCUGGAAUGGUCUGGGGUUGGCUUCUAGCAAUGGUGUUUGUUGAUUGUUUAGCGGCAGCAUUGGCAGAGUUAUGCUCCAGCAUGCCCACUUCAGGUGGUUUAUACUACUCUGCGUCUGUACUGGCGCCAAAAGGGUGGGGUCCCUUAGCUUCCUGGAUUACAGGUUGGUCUAAUUAUCUCGGGCAGCUUAUCGGUUUCCCAAGUUGUGUAUAUAGUCUCUCAUCUAUGACAUUGUCAGCUAUUCGUAUCAGUCAGGAGGACUACAAAGUGAAACCCUAUCAACUUUAUUUUUUGUGUGUUGCCUUCAUAUUGGUUUUUGCAAUAAUGGCAUCACUUCCCACAAAGGUUAUAGGUCGUAUAAAUUCUUUUGGAACACUGUUGAACACCGUUUUUCUGUUCGUUUCAAUGCUCGUCAUAUUGAUUGAAGCUGGAUCGCGAAAUGGCUUCAAUAAAUCGAGCGACGUUUGGACAAAAUUCAAUAAUGUAACAUCGUGGCCUGAUUGGUUUGCAGUAUUUAUGUCCUUCUGCGGUGUCAUUUGGAUUAUGGCUGGGUUCGAUACUUCAUUUCAUCUUAGUGAAGAGUGCGCCAAUGCAAGCAUGAACGCCCCAAAUGGCAUUUUCUUGACUUCUACUAUUGGAGGUCUAGUUGGUUGGCUUUUCCAGCUAGUUAUAGCUUAUACAAUUGUGGAUAUAAAUGCUGUUGUGACUUCAGAUAACUUAUGGGUUGCUUAUUUGACACAGGUAUUAAGCAAAAAAACGGCCAUGUUUAUUGUUUCGUUGACAAUUGUUUCCAACUUUAUUAUGGCACAAGGUGUAUUAAUUGCUUCCUCUCGUAUUGCUUAUUCAUAUGCUCGUGAUGAAGUGCUACCAUGUUCCAAGUGGAUGGCUCAAGUCCACAAACGAACAAUGACGCCGGUACACACAGUCAUUGUGAACGGAACCAUUGCGAUCGUUGUCCUUUUAUUAAUAUUUGCAGGAUCAAUAACCGUUAACGCAGUUUUCUCAGUUACUGCUAUUGCGGCGUUCACAGCUUUUACGGUUCCUAUCUUUCUUCGUGCCUUUAUUGUGUCAGAUAAAGAUUUUAGACGCGGCCCUUGGAACCUUGGUCGGUUCUCCCGACCAAUAUGUGCUAUCGCUACUAUAUUUGUGAUUAUUAUGAUUCCCAUAUUAUGCUUCCCAAAUUCUUCACGACCUAGUAUGCAGCAAAUGAACUGGACCUGUCUUGUAUUCGGACUCCCAAUGGGUGCUGUGGUUCUGUGGUAUGCAAUAUCUGCAAAACAUUGGUUCAUUGGUCCCAAAACAAAUAUUGCUGUUGUGGGGCUUGCUGGUAUGUCUGUUCUUGAAAAAGGAAUUGCGCAGUCAUUUGAUUCUGACAGAUAUAUAAAGGAAAAAAGCAGCUACUGA